GCGAGAAGUUUGCAAAGAGGCUCUCAAAAGGGUAUGAGAUGAGGGACGAGAAGUCCCGGAAUCGGGCGUCUCAGAAAGGCAGCUGACCAACGUGGCUUAUAUAGUAUUGCACCGAAGAUGAGCCUGAUAUUGCUUAUGCAGGCCUUCGCAUGGGCUGCAAAGCGGAAAGCUGAUUGGUAUAGAGCAUGCGACUGCGGAUUCCCCAAAUUUGCAAUGCAGGCAACCAAUAACCCUCAUGUUGUCUGCCAGUGCCGCACUCCAAAGGAUCAUGGGAAACCCGAAGGCACCAGUUUGAUGACCCCAGUUGAAACCGGCCGCAUGGCUCAUUACAUUGGAGUCUUGGACUCCCCCCAGCUACUGUCAGAUUCAUCAGCCUACCUCGGCUACUCUGCCCGACGUUUGAUAGAGCCUGCGCUAAAAAUGCACAAUCCUUCGGCGAUUGAAAUUCAAUUGAAAAUUUCAUGGUGCCGUGGGGGCCGCACCUCCAGCCCUACAAAGUAGGUAGAUGAGAAUGUGCAUUAUCGCGCAUCCCCGAGGAUACUGCCUGUACCCCGUCAUUGGCCAGCUGCAGCUCUCGUCACGCCCCCAAUACCACAUCGAGAGCCAGAGGCGAUGAGGUGGCUGAGGCUCUGCGUCAGAUAAAAUGGCACACUCCGUCGAGUCGGAUCUCUUUUUAAUAUCCCGGCAACUCACGGGAACCGGCGAGCCAUGUUCAAGACUAUGCCAAUUGAUCCCAACUAAAAGCAGCGGGUUCAUUGCCACCAGACAUUGAAAAUCAUGAGUCACAACCAUG